CCCGCUUCCUCCCCACCACCACCGUCGCCACCAUGGUCGCUGCCCAGCGCACGUACUCGUUUGCCCGCACGUGGCUCUCGGACCCCGCCUGCUACCCUAUCAUGGGCAUCAUCGUCUGCGCGGUCUCGGGCGGCUCGUACACCAUGGCGCGCUACGCGUCGCGCCACCCAGACGUGCAGUUCAACAAGGCCAAGCGCGAAGACAUCUUCCGCUUCGAAGCGCAGGACGGCGCCGACUGGCGGGCGCACCGCUUUACGUUUGCCAACGGGAAGCGCAACCCGAUCAACCAGAGCGAGAUGUUUGACCCGAUGUUUGAGCGCCCCGAGAACCAGCACAUUUCGCGAUAAGUUAACAAAUACUACUAAGAUAUGAGUCCACUC